GCUGUAUAUCUGCAACAGGCAGUUUGUUCAGUCUGGUUCGAGCCUGUCUACCAAUAACGCGGUCAUGAUGACAAGCCAUUUUUGAGGCGUAGUUACGGUAUGCACAGCCUCGCGACGGCUGAAGAAAGUGAUUAUAUACUUUUCUGUCGAACUUCUUAUGAGAUAUCGUUAAAGUUCAGAGCGUACGCUCGAGAAUGUCCGACAUUGCAGCAUAUGCUCCCCAUUAUAGCUGGGCCAACAAGAGCACUGGUUGGGCUGAGAAUAUCUUCAAUGAGGCUGUAGCCGAGUUUAUUGCUACUCUUCCCAAGAAGUCCUCGCAACUAGAAUCGUUCUUAGACCUCAAGCCGAGCACGCUUGACGAUAUAGUCAAGUGUGUGUCAAAAGCGCAACUGCAGUAUGAAGAUCGACGAGGCGAUUCCAAGAUCCGACGAUGUCUCACGAGCUUUGCCCAGAAGGUACAUUGCUAUGGCACUGUUAUGGAUGCAGUAGUGCAACAGGCACCAGAGUGUGUUUCACUUGUAUAUGGUGGCAUGAAGCUGGUGUUAGUCGGAGUCGUAAAUCAUGAGAAGUCCCUUGCAAUAAUCAUGGAUGGCUUGUGCUCAGUAGCAGACGUCCUUCCUCGUAUGGAGAACACAGUAAAUUUAUACCCCACAGUGCAGAUGCGUAAAUUUAUGAUCAUGCUCUAUGCUCAGAUCAUAAAGUUUCUCACAGUCUCACUAUCCUGGUUCAAAGAGAGCAAGGCCCUUCAUAUUCUCCAUUCAUUCACGCGACCUCCUGAACUUUGCUAUAGCGACCUCGUUCAGAAAAUUGGAAACUUGUCGCAAAGUAUCUCCACUGCGGCUCAAUUCAGUAGUUUUGCAGAACAGCGAGAUAUGCACUCUGUGAUGAACAACAUCAUGUCGAGGCAAGAGAGUUUAGAGGAUAAGGUCGAUGACAAAUUUACAAAGAUCUUCCAAGAGCUUUGUGAGCUCAAGACCACCAUGGUGACUGCCCAGACUCUCAAUUCGAGCGCACAGGUCUCUAUGCACCAGCAGCUCUCCCAGCUGCAGCUGAUGAGCUUCAUCAAUAACCUCAGCUUAAAUGUUACUCUGGAUCCAACGAAGAGCCUCCAGAUAUAUUUCUUCGCUCGCAAGCGACAACAGGCGCGUCAAGCAGGCGGCUCAGCUUUCUGGUUGGCUCCAAAAAUGCAGAAUUGGAAUUCAAGCAUGGCGUCCUCACUUUUGAUGGUAAAAGGAGGCUACAAACUGCGGAAUCACAUAAGAAAGUUUUCUGCAGACGCCAUACAACUGCUUCGAGAGUCCAGCAUACCUGUAAUAUGGGCACUGAAAACCAGCGAACCUCAGACACCGACACCAAUCGGCAACACAACCACAAUCGAUAUUAUCAAAAGCCUCAUACUCCAAGCCAUCAACCUCAAUCCAACUCUCCACGCCGAACCCAGUCUCUCUUCUCGCCUACGAACGUACAUUUCCGCCAAAACCGAGGCAGACUGGUUGGUUCUUCUCGCAUCUGUACUGGAAGGCAUCCCACUUCUAUACAUCAUAAUCGACAUCCAACUUCUGUUCACGUCAACAUCCGAGUUAUCCACUGGCUUUUCUUGGCCGAUCGGAAUCCUUGAGCUUUUCAAAGAGCUCUCAGAGCGAGAUAGUAAGACCGUCGUGCGCGUCUUAAUGCUGAGCUAUGGCUCGUCUUUUUUUACGCAAGAUGAUAUGAGAGUGUAUGAUAGAGAUAUUCUUGUGGUGGGAAAUAGGAAACAGGCUGCUAAGGAGAUGAAGAGAGGGUCAAGGAAAGAGGUGAAGGGGAGGAGAGGAGGACAGAGAGGAGAUUUGGAUCUGGGGAAGAUUCCGCACAGGCGGAUGAAACGAUGAGAAAAGGUUGAGUGGACGUAAAGGUUAGUUAAAUCUGAUACUUCAAUCCUUGUCCAUUGUGUAAUUCGAUCACAUAUAAAGAAAACAUUCGUUCGGACCAGGCCCCAGAAUGACUGUUACUCCAAACCUGAUAUCGAAUACAAAUGAUUCAAAACGCCUCGUCGUCUGUCUCCCUGCUCCUCGAUAAUGAUAAUAAUCGUUAUUGCUGUCUUGCUCGCUGUAAUAAUGAUAAUAUUGAUAAAGCUUUGUGUUUAUCUUUAACAAGAACUUAGCCAGUCUAUGAUAAUAGAAAUAAGUAGAUCGUCAGAUUCAAGGGCAAAUAGAAGAGUUGUAUCCUGUUGACGAUUCAUGUUGAAAUUUGCAGCUCAUCA